AUGAAGUUCCAAAUCGCUCAGGUUCUUGCUCUCGCUAGCAUCGCUACUGCUCUCCCUACCAACUACGGCUCGGGAACCACCCCAGCUGCUCCCAUCACCACUGGAACUUCUCCCAGCUACGGAUCUGGCUCCAGCUCAGGCCCCAGCUACGACUCUGGUGCUUCCGAUGAGACUCCCAGCAGCGGCAGCGGUGGCAAGCCCAGCUACGGCGGCGGCAUCGGUGCCGGUCUUCCUGGACUCGGUGGCUCUGCUGGUGGCAAGGGCGGCCUCGGUGGCAUGAUCGGUGGCUUCAUGCCCGGCGGCGGCAAGCUUCCUGGCCUCGGUGGCUCUGCUGGUGGCAAGCUUCCUGGCCUCGGCGGCUCUGUUGGUAUCCCCGGCAUUGGCGGCGCUGCUGGUGCUGGAGGUGCUGCUGGAGGCAAGGGCGGACUCGGCGGCUUUGGUGGCCUCAUGGGCGGACUUGGCGGCGCUGGCAAGGGCGGACUCGGUGGCUUCGGCGGCCUCAUGGGUGGUGCUCACGGAGGUGCCAAUGGCGGCGCUCACGGAGGUGCUGGUGCCGGUGUCGGCGGCGGUGCUGGUGCUGGUGUCGGUGGCUCCGUUGGUGGAGGUGCCCACGGCGGUGCUGGUGCCGGUGUAGGAGGAGGAGCUGGUGCCGGCGUCGGUGGCUCAGUCGGUGGUGGAGCAAACGGCUCUGUCGGCGGUGGUGCCAACGGCGGUGUUGGUGCUGGUAUCGGUGGCGGUGCUCAUGGUGGUGCCGGUGUUGGUGCUGGUGUCGGUGGCGGUGCUCACGGUGGUGCUGGUGCCGGUGUUGGAGGAUCCAUCGGCGGUGGUGCUCACGGCGGUGCUGGUGUCGGUGCCGGUGCUGGUGGUAACGCUGGUGCUGGUGUUGGCGGCUCUGUUGGUGGCGGUGCUUCCGGAUCUGUUGGCGGUGGUGCUGGUGCCGGUGCUGGUGGCUCUGGCUCAGUUGGAGGUGGUGCUUCCGGCGGUGCCUCUGGCUCUGUUGGAGGCGGUGCUUCCGGCUCUGGAUCUGGCUCCGGCUCUGGUGACCACUACUAA